UUCCAUAUUUAUCACUCUUAUCAGUUACACAAAACUCGUGCUGAACCAUCCAUGGCUGGUCUCAGCUUAAACCCUACAAAAAUCACAACCCCAACACUCCAAUCUCACAAACCCAUCUACAGAUUCAACUCUCUCACAAACCCCACCAAAACCCAGCUCAAAUUCCCCACAAACCCCGCGAAAACCCACCCCAAAUUGCUCCAUUUUCGCCAUAGUUCGGUGUCGGAAAGCUCAGUCUCGGUGCCAAAAGAGGUGGAGGUUGAUGAUGAGGAGGAUGACCCAACUUCAGAAAUGAACUAUCUUGACCGGGAGACGGAUCCCGAGAGCAUUUCAGAGUGGGAGUUGGAUUUUUGCUCUAGGCCAAUUCUUGAUAUUAGGGGGAAGAAGAUUUGGGAACUUCUUGUAUGCGAUAGCUCGCUUUCUCUGCAGUAUACGAAGUAUUUUCCCAACAAUGUGAUCAAUAGUGUUACUUUGAAGAAUGCUAUUGAGUCGAUUAGUGACGAAUUGGAUGUUCCCUUGCCCGAGAAAAUUCGAUUUUUCAGGUCACAGAUGCAGACAAUUGUGACAAAAGCAUGUAAAGAGCUCGGGAUAAAGCCUAUUCCAAGUAAAAGGUGCCUAUCAUUAAUUCUAUGGCUUGAAGAGCGCUAUGAGACUGUAUAUACACGCCAUCCUGGCUUUCAACAAGGAUCCAAGCCGCUUCUGACUUUAGACAACCCUUUCCCAAUGCAACUUCCAGAGAAUCUGUUUGGGGAGAAAUGGGCUUUUGUUCAGUUACCUUUUUCAGCUGUACAGGAGGAGGUCUCAUCCUUAGAGACAAGAUUAGUCUUUGGCGCAAGUCUAGAUUUGGAUCUGUUAGGGAUUGAAGUUGAUGCCAAUACAUUGAUUCCAGGACUAGCAGUUGCAUCUUCACGUGCUAAGCCAUUAGCAGCUUGGAUGAACGGACUGGAAGUUUGUUCCAUUGAAGCAGACACGGCCCGGGCUUGCCUGAUCCUAUCUGUUGGAAUUUCAACACGGUAUAUCUACGCCACCUACAAGAAAACCCCUGUAACCACAAGUGAAGCUGAGGCUUGGGAAGCAGCAAAGAAGGCCUGCGGAGGCCUCCAUUUCCUUGCCAUUCAAGAUGACUUGAACUCAGACGACUGUGUUGGGUUUUGGCUCUUACUAGAUUUGCCUCCCCCUCCUGUAUAAUCAAACAACCAACAACAACACAGAAACACAACGUUUUAAAUGUUUCUUUCUUGCAA